GUACAACCUCAUGGUCACUUUCUUUCCAACCUUCAGGCAGACCUGGCCAACCAGUACCUGAAAGCUGGCAUGAAGAACGUGGGCACCGUGUUCCUGAUGACUGAUGCACAGGUGGCUGAUGAGAGGUUCUUGGUGCUGGUAAAUGACUUAUUAGCAUCAGGUGAAAUCCCCGAUCUCUUCGCUGAUGAUGAGGUGGAAAACAUCAUCAAUGGUGUGAGGAAUGAAGUCAAGGGUCAGGGCUUGGUGGACUCCCGGGAAACUUGUUGGAAGUUCUUCACAGAUCGUGUUCGGCGACAGCUGAAGGUUGCGCUGUGUUUCUCACCGGUCGGUAACAAGCUGAGGGUCCGUAGCAGGAAGUUCCCUGCCAUUGUGAACUGCACCGCGAUAGACUGGUUCCACGAAUGGCCUCGGGAGGCUCUGGAAUCAGUCAGCCUGCGCUUCCUGCAAGAAACGGGUAACAUUGAGGUUUCAGUGAAAGAGUCAAUAAGCAAAUUCAUGGCCUAUGUCCAUACGAGUGUCAAUGAGAUAUCCCGAUUGUAUCUGAGCAACGAGCGCCGAUACAACUACACCACUCCCAAGUCAUUCCUUGAGCAGAUCAAACUCUAUCAGAAUUUGCUAUUGAAAAAGGGCAAGGAUUUAACAGCUAAAAUGGAGCGACUAGAGAAUGGCCUGCAGAAACUCAAUAGCACAUCUACACAGGUAGAUGACCUGAAAGCCAAGCUGGCAGCCCAAGAAGUAGACCUGAAGCAGAAGAACGAUGAUGCUGACAAGCUGAUCCAGGUGGUGGGAGUGGAGACGGAAAAGGUGAGCAGGGAGAAGGCAGUUGCUGACGAGGAGGAGCAGAAAGUGGCGCUGAUCACUCAGGAGGUCCAGCAGAAGCAGAAGGACUGCGAGGAGGACCUGGCCAAAGCUGAGCCUGCCCUUGCAGCAGCUCAGGCAGCUCUGAACACCCUCAACAAGAAGAACCUGACGGAGCUGAGGUCCUUUGGAUCACCCCCUUCUGCCGUUAGCAAUGUCACUGCAGCUGUGAUGGUGCUGAUGGCCCCUUCUGGAAAGAUUCCCAAGGACAGGAGCUGGAAAGCAGCCAGAGUUACCAUGGCCCGAGUGGACGGCUUCUUAGAUGCCUUAAUCAAGUUUAACAAGGAGAAUAUCCACGAGAACUGCCUCAAGGCCCUGCAGCCAUAUUUGCAGGAUCCCCAGUUCCAACCCGAACUCGUGGCCACCAAGUCCUAUGCGGCCGCCGGCCUCUGCUCCUGGGUCAUCAACAUAGUGCGUUUCCAUGAGGUCUUCUGUGAGGUGGAGCCCAAGCGGCAGGCGCUGAGCAAGGCCAACGCGGAGCUGGCGGCUGCCCAGGACAAGCUGGCCAACGUCAAAGCCAAAAUUGCUCGCCUCAAUGAAAACCUGAGAAAGCUCACAGCCAAGUUUGAGAAGGCCACUUCAGACAAACUCAAAUGUCAGCAAGAAGCUGAAGCUACAGCCUGUACCAUCUCCCUUGCAAAUCGUCUGGUCAGGGGACUGGCUUCUGAGAAUGUGAGAUGGGCUGAAGCCAUAAAGGAUUUCAAACGGCAGCAGAGCACCUUGUGUGGGGAUGUCUUACUGGUUACGGCCUUCGUCUCCUACCUGGGAUACUUCACCAAGAAAUACAGGCAAGAUCUCAUGGAUGGACUCUGGAAGCCCUAUUUGCACCAGCUGAAAAUCCCAAUCCCUGUCACUCCGUCUUUGGACCCUCUGAGCAUGCUGACAGACGAUGCUGAUGUAGCAGCUUGGCAGAACGAGGGCCUGCCAGCUGAUCGGAUGUCCACAGAAAAUGCCACCAUCCUCACAAACUGUGAACGCUGGCCACUCAUGGUGGAUCCUCAGCUCCAGGGUAUCAAAUGGAUCAAAACCAAGUAUGGUGAAGAUCUCCGAGUGAUCCGAAUUGGGCAGAAGGGGUAUUUGGACACGAUGGAACGAGCUGUUGCUGCAGGAGAAUUGGUUUUGAUUGAAAACCUGGAGGAAUUUGUGGAUCCAGUUUUGGGGCCCUUACUGGGUCGAGAAACGAUCAAGAAAGGAAGAUACAUUAAGAUUGGAGACAAGGAGUGUGACUUCAACCCCGCUUUCCGUCUGAUCCUUCAUACCAAGCUGGCAAACCCCCAUUUCCAACCCGAGAUGCAGGCCCAGUGCACCCUGAUCAACUUCACCGUCACGCGCGAUGGCCUGGAGGACCAGCUGCUCGCAGCGGUGGUGAACCUGGAAAGGCCCGACUUGGAGCAGCUCAAGUCAGACCUUACAAAGCAACAGAACGGAUUCAAAAUCACCUUGAAAACGUUAGAGGACAACUUGCUCUCUCGGCUGUCAUCAGCAUCUGGGAACUUCCUGGGAGACACAGCGUUGGUGGAGAACUUGGAGAUCACUAAACAGACAGCUGCAGAAAUCGAAGAGAAGGUCCGGGAAUCCAAGGUGACAGAAACAAAGAUUAAUGAGGCCAGGGAGCACUACAGGCCUGCAGCGGCGCGGGCCUCCCUGCUGUACUUCACAAUGAACGACCUCCGCGCUAUCCACCCCAUGUACCAGUUCUCUCUGAAG